CUCAUCAUUUAUUUCUCAUCUUGCGGGGGCCAAGGCGCCGGCGGAGGAGUUCAUCUGAAUUCGCCCAGUUUAUUCAGUUUCUGAGUUCGUUUGGCUUGCCAGUCCCUGAAAUUGUUGAUUGCCCAAGGAUCUCGUAGAUCUCUUGCUGUGGCUUCGAUGGAAGCCAUGGCGAUGCAGCCAACAAAGAAGAAACGAGUGGCCAGAUUGCCGCAAGAUAUCAUCGAACUGAUACUUGUGAGGCUUCCAGUGAGCAAUCUGCUGCGGUGCCGUGUUGUCUGCAAGCAGUGGGAUGGCAUUAUCCAGGAUCGGCAGUUCACCAUGGCACACCUCCGGCACGCGCAGCCUCGCCCCCUUUUAUUUUUCCAACGAGGCCGGGCUUCAGGCAAGUCCUUCCCUAGCGAAGCAGUCCUCUUUGAUGAGGCCUGGUCGCCGUCGACACGGGAUGUGCCCGUGAUUGAGCCUGAUGAUUUCUUGUGCGCUUCGUGCAAUGGCCUUGUUUGCUUGUACUCGGAUAAAUCAACCAUCAAGAUAGCCAACCUUGCCACCGGUGAAUGUAUGCACCUCGCCAAACCCGUGAAGCUUCACUCGAGGGUUGAUCACCAUUUGUUCUACAGCUUUGGUUUCAGCCCAGCCACAAAUGAAUACAAGAUCAUGCACUUUCUUCCGGGCGAGGAGCGCCACCACGUCGGUGGUUCCUUCAGUGUCAUUCAAGUUUACACGCUGGGCGGUGAGAAGUGGAGGGACGUCAGAACUGAACAAGCUCUGAGCUUGUUCUGUGUGAAACAAACUGGGGUCGUCAAUGCUGACGGAGCAAUGUACUGGCUAACCAAAGACGAAGAAAGCAGCUGGCGACGGGCCGUCGUAUGCUUUGAUCUCGGAGAUGAACGUCAGAAAUUAAUACGGUUGCCCAAAGUUGAUUUUGCGGAUCCUGCAUUUGGUAAUCCGCUAUAUCGGAUCACGGAGAUAGAUUCCAAGGUGUCUGUGGCUGCUGUUCAAGCCAGAAGAGAUUCCGGGCUUGCACGGAGGCUGCAUGUUUGGACACUUGACAACAAGGUGAAGCAAAGCUGGAUCCAGAAGCAUAGUAUUGAGUUAUCAGCACUUGAAAUUCUAAGACCGCAUUUCAUCUACGGGGAUAAGAUUGCCAUGCAUAGUGGUAACGAUGACAUAUACUGCCAUGAAUUGACUAGCCAGAAAUUUACGAUUGACGUAACCAAGUUGGCAAAGCUGUUAGAUUUCAGCCCCCGCUGGAUCCGGCAUAUGCAAUCCUAUAUGUAUGUGAAGUCACUUGUGCGGUUGGAUGCAUACAAGAAGGCCGGCAUCGUGCGCACGCCAAGGCGAAAAGAGGGUUGGAGAUUGAAGAAGUGGGAGGCGUGGGAACACGAACGCUCUGAGGUAGAGGAGCUGUGGAGAGCCGGCCAUGGGAUUCAGCAAAGGAUGCAUGAACUGGCACGUAUGAUGGGCGUAGCCAUCAGUCUGAACUUGCCUGCCCCGCCAGAUCAGCAGGUUAGCCUCCUCCGACGGCUUAAUUGGGUGGAGCAGAGGCGGGUGGCGAACAUGCUGAAAUCUCAUCUUGAGGGUUUGGAUGCUCCAUGGGCGGUCAUAGCGCAGGCAGCUGAUGCGGCCUGUGGUGAGAAAAAGAAGAUGACCCUAGCGGCAGACCACGCAAAGCAGAGAAAAGGAGAGGAGAGCGAGGCCGGCCCAUCAAGGCCCAAGCGGAAGAGGAAGCCCAGCUCCAGAUUCGAUUCGUCAAUGUGGACAACCUGAUUCGGCAGCGCCGGCCAUAUCCGCAUUUCGCAGGGGUGCUUGCUGCUUGGGCUUCGAGUGCUGACAGUCCACUUCCUGACAACAACCGCCAUGGCGCGGACUUGCCAAAGGAAAAAAUAGCAGCUCGUCGUAACUUGUGUGGCACAAUAGCAUCAUAAAUAGGAGCAUUACGGUUGUGACUUCCCAACUCAUUCUGUCGACAAAAAAAGAAGCAUGCUGAUCUUCAGAAGGCGCUGUGUAAGUGCGUGUGCAUCUAUCUAUGUUGUAAUCGGUGUUCCUCAAGAAAGAAAGAACAAAUGUACGUCCCGAUUGCUUUCCGCACUUGUCUGAGUUUCCAAAAA